AGCUGAUUCACUCCCUUUGCUCAGAUCUUCAAAGUGUCUCGGGCCAUGAAGACUAAGGAUUCCCGGAAGAAAAGAUACGCUACGAAGGGCAAGACCGGCUGUAUCACCUGUCGGAUUCGUCGAGUUAAAUGUGAUGAAGACAAGCCGAGUUGUCAUCGUUGCACCUCCACCGGCCGCAAGUGCGAUGGCUAUGACCUCGCUACCCUGGCCCCGAGCGGUAGACUUCAACUCCCACAGAUAGUUUCUGGAGGCAGUGAUCCCGAAAGCCAAGCCAUCUACCAAUUCCGAACCAGAAUCGCAACACUUAUCGCGUCUUCUUUCGACGCCGACUUCUGGACAUAUGAUGUAUUACACAAGUCAGAUACAUACACGCCCGUCCGACACGCCCUGGCAGCACUCGCGUCAGCAUACCAGAAGUCUAUCCUCCUCGGCAUAAAGUCCACAAGCUGCGAUCUGUUUAUCUUUUCCCAGUACCAAAAGGCCAUGAGAUCUCUCUCCACCUGCUUUCAGGAGGCCAAAGCGCUCUCAACAUCUGGAAAGCUGGCUGCCUUGGUUGCAAACUUCCUGUUCACGUAUCUUUGCUCCUUGCAGGGUCUUCGCAAAGAAGCUCUCGUUCAUCUGAGAAAUGGCCUGGCACUCAUUCAUGAAUGGGGGGAUCUAAGAGCAUAUGGCCAACAUAUGAUGACAGAUAUACUAGGCCUAUACAUGAGGUUGGAUACACAAACGCGAGUCAUCUCAACAGCCCAUAGUAUGUCCCUUUGCUGGGGAGGUCGCUCUCAACAAGAAACUCUGGACGAUAUUUCUGAUACCCCCUCCGUGUGUACAUUAUUACGCCAUCUCGAUGCUAUACACGGCCAAUUACUCCAACCUUCAAAUAUCCAAGCCUCAUUGGUGUCCAGCGAAUACUCCCUGAAGCUUUGGGACCGGCGGUUUGAGAGCCUAAGCAUUACUUCUCAAGAAGAGGAGAAGCAUGUGACCGCCCUCAGAAUGCGAAGGGUGUUGGUCGAAGUGACCAUGAAUCGGGCAACUAGCACAAGCAAGGGUGCAAAGAGCAAUGUCGAUACAGAUUGCAAGACCAUUCUUGAUCUGGCCCUCCAGCUAAUCCAUGACCUUGGUCUUCGACCUGCCCAGGCCGGGUUUUAUCUGGCCAACGGCCUUGUCGAAGCACUCUACUUUGUCGCUGUUACCAGCGAGGAUUGGGACUUGCGACAGCAGGCCAUACAUAUUUUACGACAAUAUCGGUUCACUGAUGGAGUUUGGGGGAGUAAUGCUGCUGCGGAUCUGGCGGAGGGCCGACUACAGCGCGAUAUCUACAGGUAUCGGCAGCAGCUCGAGGCAUAAAGGGUGUCUAAAAGAUACAAAUG